AUGCACCUUUCUGCUCCAAGUAUUCAGACGACCCUUGACUGGCAUCCUGUAGAGGCUAGUGCAGAUCCAGAUGAGGGCGUUCAUGAAGAGACCGUCAUAGUUGUCUCUCAUAGAUUCGCUAUGACAUCGCUGACUCACACAGACUCGCAGCGAAAUAUGCGGAUACGAGGAGUGGAGAUGGUGCCGUCUCAAGAUAUUCCCAAUAUGCCCAACAUGCCGAAUAGUACUCCACCACAUAGGGCUGUUAGCCCUAAGGUCCGGCACGACAUGUUUCGCAAAAAAGACAGUUCUGGCAGUGGAGGCAGCUAA